UAACAAAUAACAAUGGCCGCUAAAUCUACGUGGCAUUGUGACUGUUUUUAAACUACGUAUUUUACAAAAUAACUGUACAUUUUCAUGUGUUACAAAGAAUAAUUUUUGUACAACGAUUGUAGAUAGAUUCAGUCUAGAUUUCGAGCGGUUUUGCGAGGGAAAGUUCAAGCUUGAAAGCUUGAAAUAUCGUCUCCGAUCAAGGGACUGAAAGUCGACACCAUAAAUACAAAAUGGCGUUCAGGUUGGAUAUAAUUGAUUAUAAUUAUUGUUUUCAUAAUGAAAAUGUAUUGAUCUUAAACUGUAAGGUAGCUUUAUGGAAACUUGGGUGUGAUUUUGUCUUACAGUACACGACCAAUACAAGGACAAGGUAAUCGGCCACCAUAUUUUCAUCCACAGCCUGGUAUGGUGAAUGGUGAUGGCCACUUGUACCAGGGACAGGGUUCCCAACAUCCAGCUGGGGGCCCUUUGGGACCAGGUCAAUAUCAGCAGCGCCCUCAGAUGAAGGUAUGGAAUAUGAUAACAUUUAAAUCCUGGGAAACAUCUGCAUAUGGUUUCAGAGCUAUCAGCCCAGACUGUACCCUGGUUGCCAGAGGUUCUGUAUCUUUCGCCUUAUUCCCGCUCGUAUUUAUUUUACGCGAGGCGAAGAGAACCUCUGGUGGCACGCGAUGCAAAUCUCUCUUCCUUUGGUACAAAAUUUGUACCAAGCACAUGAUUGGUUAGUUAUAAUUAGCAGUCACAUGAAGUGGUGUGAUUGGCUAGACAAAAAAACCUGUUUAUAAAUCUCAGAGAACACGAUGUAAACAAAAUACAGAAAUAAUACGAACGUCGAACGUAUUAAAAUCUUAAAAUGCUUUACUUGGUGUGGGUUUAUAUUUGAGAUUAACUUAUACUUUGUUCUGCUAUAAAAAGAUUUUCUGCGCUGGAGAAGAGCUGCCAUCGCGGCAUGACUUGAGUUGACGGCAUGACAUGUUCACUCAGUUACAGUAUUAAUAUUUGUAAAAUAUAUUAAAGUGUUGGUCACUUGCUUUAUAUCGUUCAAAGUUUUAAAUUUUGGUAAUUCUUCGACUUUGAUAGUUAUUAAUAGGAUUUAUUUUGCCAAUAUUUUCCCGUUGUAUGUUAAGGAAACGUUGCUACAUACUGGCUCCGUUGCACAUAUAUAUAAAUAUUUAUAUAUUUAUAUUCUUUCACUUUUGACUUUUUACGCUCGCUAAUGCAAACGGCAUUCCACAAAUUUAACAAUCAGUAAGGUUGCUUUUUUGCUUUUGUGAGAAAAUCUACAUAAUCCUUACGAAUAAUCUGCAUGUUUGGGCUGCUUAAUAUUUUUAAUAUCAAUUUUACACAAGGUCUGAAGAGAGCUAUUUUGGUAGUAUGACAAACCCGGAAGUUUAAAAACGUCACAAAUAUAAAACCGGUUUUGCAAGUUCUCAAACGGCAACGUCAGCAUGGAAGAGAGAUUUGUAUCGCGUGCCACCAGAGGUUCUCUUUGCCUCGCGUAAAAUAGAUACGAGCGGGAAUAAGGCGAAAGAUACAGAACCUCUGGCAACCAGGGUACCCAGACUGCAGAGUAUGGCAGUUGCACACCGGAGAUUUAUACUUCAAUUAAUUAGUGCACACCCGAGUACUUCGAGCGCUGGAGGCACGGGGCAGCUAAGGGGGUCCGGGUGAUGUGCCCCCGGGAAAAUUUUGAAAACUAGCCUCCCAGAAACGCAAAAUCCUGCAAUUUGGGCAUUAAUUUCUCAUUAAUUUCCCAUCAGCCCAACAGUCUUCCUAACCGAUUUAAAAACUUGUAACAAUAAAAACUGUGUAGUCUGCAUUGUGCAAUUUGCGCUUAAUUGCACACCAGUGCACCAGAAAUAUUUUGCUUGCACACCAGCGCACCAGAAAUAUGUUCCUGCACACCGGAGAUCUCGUCGAAAAACGCCAUACUCUGCAGUCUAGCUAUCAGCUCAGUCAUACAUGUUGUUUGGUACCUGACUGGAGAGUUUUGAAAUUGUUCAACCAAUAUUGUAUAAAUAAUACAGUAAAUGUAAAAACUAUGCAUCAGAUUUUGAUCGAUCAGUUUUCAGUAUAUAGUCAUAUAUUGACCUUUUUACUAUACAGUGUAUUAAUUAAUUAAUCAAAUAUAUAGAUGGUUAGGUCAGGGUCUAACAAGUUAGAGCAAGAAGAAAAAUUGCAUAAUAUUAUAUACAACCACUAAAUUGACUCAACAUUCUGUAAAUGCAUACUCCCCUCAGUACAUCCAAUCAUGUUUCAUGCAAAAACUAAAACUUCUCCAUAGCAAUGAUGUCAAAAAUUGCUAUAGAGUGCUGCGGCUCUCCACAGCAAUUUUCACCAAUGGGUCGUUCCAGAAAAGAUCCAUACUCCCCCCACAGAGGAAAUUUCUGCCGUCCGGAGGGGGAGGGGAGAAAAAAUUGUUUCUGAUAAUAGUAAAUGUAUUAGGACAUCCAAAGGGGGUAGGGGGGUUAACUUCGUAUUUCCUCCGUGGGGGUGGUAUGGAUGUUUUCUGGAAUGACCCAAUUCUAUAGCAUUUUUAAUGUAAUAUGUCAUGAUUGUGGGUGACAGCUUAUGGUAGAAAAUUAUUUUUCUGUAUUUCUUCUGCAUUAGAGAGUUAAUUGUUUAUCAUGGUUACACAUAAACUGGGAAACAUUUGUUUCAAGAAAAUAAAAACAUCUACAUAAAGAAGAAUUGUCAUUGGCAUCAACAUCCCUUCACAAGGAUAUAGAUUUUUGUUGCUUUUCAUAUCAGUGUUUCACUAUGAAAAAUUCUGCACUAUUUUAAAAAUGUAGUAAACUCAAAGAAAGUUUUCAAAAUUUUUUCAAACUUCUGAUAAUACCAAUUCCCUAAAAAUGUAUACGAAAGGCAAGAAACUGUCAUCCACAGUGAUGCACAGCAUUCUCGUCUCAAACAUACUGCAGUUCCUGUGAGUGCCACGAUAAAAAUCCAGCCCUGAAGUACACUGCAAAAACAUGUUUACCAGGCUGUUUCUGAGUAGGGGUGCACUGGAUAGUGAUUUUUACUAUCCGGUCGGAUACCAAAUUUGCCGGAUAUCUGAAAAAAAUCUGGCCGCCGGAUACCGGAUGUUUUAUCAAUUUGAAUACCGGUACUUGAUAUAUAAUAUAUAUUUAUUUAUCCAUGCAUUAGUGCAGAAGAAGGUGACACUAUUUUUUAAAUUUUUGAGUAAAUAAUCAAUUGUGGGUAAUUAAAAAUCUGUUUUUAACUUUUUCCAACGUUCACAUGUUUCUGAAAACUUCCAAAAGUUUUUGAGCGAUGGGAUUUAGUACGGCGUUUUGGCGCCAAGUGCUGCGAAUAGUUAAUUAAUUCAAUUAAUUAUAUCAGUGGCUAGCUUUUUCACAUGUCCUGUUUGGGUUUCUAUUUUUUUAGUAUUUUUUUAUAUUUCAAUUAACGGAAAUUUAGUACACUUCAUGAAAAACAAAUUAUCUGGUAUCCGGCCGGAUAAUAGUAAAUAUUCGGCCAGAAUACCGGAUAGUAUGAUUUUGUCACUAUCCGGCCGGAUACUAUAUCCGGUGCACCCCUAUCCCUGUGUCCCACUAACUUAACCUGAUCAUCCCAUCUUUCAUAUAAAUAGCCUCUUACAAGUCUAUAGACUUAUUCUUUCUUGAACUUGGUCUGUUAUCUAAUGAGAAAAACAGUAUUGGUUUUCUCAAAUAGGCCCAAUAAUUAUUACUGAACAUACUUUAGUAAAAACUUCAUUUGUUUCUAUCUGAAUGGAAUUUGGUUUUAGGAUGGGCCAGGAAUGUUACAUCAACAACAGCCAGGGCAUUCACAACAACCUGGGCAUCCACAACAACAUGGGUAUCCACAACAACCUGGGCAUCCACAACAACCUGGGCAUCCACAACAACCUGGGCAUUCACAACAACCUGGACGUCCACAACAACCUGGGCGUCCACAACAACCUGGGCAUCCACAACAACCUGGGCGUCCACAACAACCUGGGCAUCUACAACAACCUGGGCAUCUACAACAACCUGGGCAUCCACAACAACCUGGGCAUCCACAACAACCCAUGAUGCAACAUCAGAGGCCCCCAAAUAUGUCUGGUUACUCACAACCCCCACUAUCAACCACAGGUUUUUCUCAACAGGUAUAGCUUGUAUAGAUAGUAUGUUUUCCCUAGAGCUGAGUGCCGGAGCUCCGGCAUAUUUUGCCGGAGCCAGAGUUGGAAAACUCCGGCAGACAAAAUUAUGAAAAAUGAUUUCAUAUUUCAACGAACAUUUGGCAUUAAAUGGGAAAAUUAAGUUGUUGUUUACUAAUAUAUUACUAUUUAUAUGUUAUUUUACUAUAUAUUGCUAUGUGGUUUACUAUUAAUAGUGUUGUAAAAAGGUUUUUAAAAAAGAUAAAUUCUGAAAUUACACUGAAAUACUUUUGCCUGCUUCCACUUUUAAAUAUUGAAUUUCCUUAAAAAUUUCUUGCCGGACCCGGAGUUUUGACUGCCGGAGCCGGAGCUAAAAUAACCGGAGUUUGCACAGCUCUAGUUUUCCCAAUUUCCACUCAUGUUGGUAUAACUGUAUAUCAACACGGAAAAUGUUUUAUAUUUGUUAAAUAUUGACUCAGAAUGUAUAAUCCCAUAAUUCUAGAUGUUAAAUCGUCCAAUGAGCAAUCUUCAAAUCAAUGAUGGUCAACAUAGACCACCUCAGCCAACAAUACCAGGUAUGCGACCUGUACAGUCUACCAUGGCUCCACCACAAGGCUCUACGCGAGGAAACUUCAGAAGUGAUCAACAGUCUCCAUUACACCAGUUUACACCAAGAAUGGCUACUGGCAUCACUCCACCAACGACCGGAACAUCAAGUCAACCUCAGUACCCUGGUCCAGGUGCUCAUUCACAAGGAUUACCAAAUGGUAAAGUAAUAACAUAGUUGCAUACAGAUCAUUAUUACACAUGACUUACAAUCUUGCCUUUUGGGCCUACAAAUAAUUCUUGAUAUCGUGUAAGUAUGACGUUGCACUUGGUGAGAUUUAAAAAUUAAUUUUGUAAAUUCAUGGUGAGAUUUGCUUCGGCAACUGUAAGCAAUUUACAAAAAACUAUUAGACGAGAAAGAAGCAGAAAACGCUAUUUUUUAACGAGCUACAAAGACAGGAAAAAGAAAUGCGAACCUCAAGAAAAAGAGCCCUUGCCAAGUACUAAAACUAUUUUACUAGAACAAGUUCGUUUUUUCUUAUAUACAUGUGAAUUCGGUUUUUGUGUGAUAUCCAGAACUAAAUGUUGACUCACCUGAUAAAAGAGGUCCACUUUUCUGGUACCGCCCUAGCUGUUGUCAUGUUGGUAUUCACUUGUGAUAUAACUUGCUGCUUGUAGUUAUUUAAAAAAUGGUGAAAUUGGCAGGGUACUGUUUCUCAACCGAUAUAUAUAUAUUAUAAAGUUAUUCCUGGUUGACUAGUACCUCUUGUUGUGGAUUGGGGUUGGGGUAAGGGUCAUGGUGACAUCCCCGCAACAAAUGCCUGUGAGGUAGUCAACACAAAGUUCUUCCUAUCUGAGCGUGGAGUGCAAAAACAGUUUAGCCAGCCUAGUUUAGACUUCUGCAAGUUCUAAGUUGAAUUUUGGCAGUCAAUUGCCACACAUUUUUCACUCAAAUUGAAGUUAUCGGCGAACUUCACAACAAUGAAAAACCAAUCCUCAUCAUGUAUGAUGAGACUUGGUUUUCUUGAAUCACUUAGUUUUAUUAAAUUAAACAAUUAUGUUGACAAUCAUAUACUUAAGUUUACAGUGAGUAUAUUUGUUCUGUCAUACCAGGUCCAAACAUUGGGUUAAGUGGACCUCCACUUCCAGGCCAGCCAAGAGGGAUGCCUCCACAUUCAUCUGGUGUUGCACCGCCUUCACAACGAUUCCAAAUGGCUAACCCUGGAGUCGCACCUGGAACUACAGGUCAUCACAAUUAUCCUCCACAGCCAGGUCAAGCACCGAUAAAUUUAACUGGACCUAUGACACAGAUGGGAAAUGCUAAUACCCAGGUAACCUGAAACAGGUUGUGACAAAGAUUGAAAUAACAGUUAUAAUAAAAACCGUUUUCCUCUUAGUGAGUUUUUGUCACAAACCAAUCAAGUUGUUUUCAAAUUUCGAGAAACAGUUGUCAAUUUGGCUUAGUGGAAAACGGGCUUAAUGUCAGCACCGACUCAUGCAUGUUCAGGCAGUUGUAGAACACGUUCGUAAAUAUGAAUACUGCAAACCUAGGAUUUUUCUGUGGUUUCUUCCAGUUGAUUCAGCUGAUGAAUGAAUACCAUCAUUGCAAAAUGACCCCCAAAAUAACGCCUGUCGGUUUACUCAGCGUUAUUUAAUAAAAUCCAUUGUUGAGUAGAAACGAGUGAUACUUCUAAAUAAGUUUGUAGGCCUUUGUAGUGCAAAUCAGCUUUUAAAUAAGUUUGCAUAAGCCUUAGUGUGCCUGUCUUGCAUGCUUGAUAGUGUAAACAACGUGCAAAUUUGGGGGAGGUAAUAAGCAUUCAUAGCGCGAAUGCUCAACCUCAUACCCAGAAAAUCGUACCUAGGAAAGAGCCUGGGUACGAGUUUGAAUUGAUGGUGAAAUUCCAUUCUCGUACCCAGAGCCCUUCUUACGCGCGGUGCGACAAGGGGCUCUGGCCAAAUCCAUAACCGGAUACCAUAAAAACAUGGUAAGAAAACAAUAUCCGGUGUUAGAACUAGCCAAUCAGAUGCCAGUUCGGAAUAUGGAUUUGGCCAGAGCCCCUCGUCACACCGCGCGUAAGAAGGGCUCUGGGUACGAGAAUGGUGAAAUUCAAGCAGUGGUUUUCCCAUGGUGGCUAUUCAUUCACAUACACCGCAUACAUACACCGUAAUCAUAUAUACACCGUAAUCAUACAUACACCGUAAUCACAUACAUACACCGUAAUCAUCAGUGGCGAAACUAGCCUUAUAGCAACAGGCCAUGCUAUCCAAAUUUUUAAUGAUUUGAAUUAUCUAAACCUUAUAAGUACAUUGUCUUUAACCUAUUUAGUUGCAGGUUUAUUAACAUAGCAUGACCAGUUGCCAUAGCUAGCUUUGCCACUGCUAAUCAUAGAUUGGACGUUACCAACUAUCAAUCUUACAUUUCUUUUCUGUAGCCCACACCACCAAUGCCAGGAUAUGGUCUAGGACAAGGUAGACCUGCUCCUUCGAGUGGAAUGGGGAUGAGUUCACCAAUGUCACAACAAUCAAGAAGAAUAGAUCCAGAUCAGAUACCCAGUCCAGUAAGUCAGUAUACAAAUUUCUAGAUUCCUCUAAUUUGUGUACAGUUACAAUUUUCUGCGGAGUAUACCACCAUCUCAGAUAAAGUAAAAAAAAAUGCAUUAGAAACCACAGUUAAAUAUUCUCCCAGAAUGCAGGAAUUUGCUAUUUCAGGGACUCUAGCUAGAUUUCAAAUCAAUUCGAAUGCGUAUUGAAAAUGUUAUUUAAAUAUUCAAAACCAAAAGAAAUAAUCUCGCUAAUUGAAACGAAAAUGGAAAUAAAUUUCUUUGACGAUGGGAAAGCACUAGCGGAAAAUCACUAUUUGCCUUAGGGCCCCGAAUUUCUCUGUGCGCCCCUGUUUAUAAUUCGGACAUAAUGGUGAAGUUAUGUUGGGAUGAUAAUAUAAAACCCAACCUCGUAUCAGGCCCUUACUAACGACUGUAAGUUUCCUUUGCGCCGAAUCUGAAGCGACAAAUUGUUCCUUUACGUAAUUGGUCAUGUUGUUGUUUCAGAUUCAAGUUAUGAAAGACGAUCAGGAUAACUUCAAAGACACAGCGUUUAAUACAAGUGUUCGUGGCAGAGUUCCUCCUUUGAUCACGACGAAGUGUGUUAUCCGCGAUGAUGGUUAGUUUUGCCCUCUAUAAUUGCCGUUGAAUUAUCGGAAUAUAAACAAGCAGCAUUUAAAUUCGUGAAAAAUUAUAUCUAAUUUAUCUAUAUAUUGAAUUCGAUCGUUCAUCAUAAAAAGAAUGUAGGGUAAUUAUAGAAAUAAACAACAGAAGAUUAUACCUUGACGGUUUUUGUUUGGAACAGCUAGCAGAAGCGCUAUUAAUUUGAUUAUAUCGUACACAUUUUAAGCUAGAUGUAAAUCAUUUCAAGAACCAGGAAACUCACCCUGCCAGCGUUUAUAUUCAGAUUCUGCAGCGCCAAGCGAAAGGUCAAUGACUCCCUGAGAGAUUGGAACAGUAUAGUCAAUUGCAGGAACAGAACGUGGUACUCAAUUUAGGGAAUGGACAUGCGUACAUGAAAAUAAAACAUACCUAUUCGAAUAGGAUAUCCCACACUAUACUGUAGUGAUCAGACUAGGUCUUCAGAUAACCUUGACACUCUUUAUUCAGUACAAACUGUGUACAUUGGAAGGGGCGCGAAUGCUGUUGAGAACCCUGGAUAUUUUGUUUAAUAUUUGUGUAUUAUUGAAAGCUUCUUUCCUUUUAAAGGUAACUGUAGUCCGCAAUACAUGCGCUCUACACUGUAUAAUAUCCCAAACAAUCAAGACGUUUUGAAGGCCUCUGGUGUUCCUUUUGCUGUCUCAAUUACACCAUUAGCUGAAUCCUUACGGGAAGAGGUAGUGAAACAGUGCCUUUUUUAACUAUAUAUCUGGGGGGAGCAAUU